AUGCAGACCUUCACGGCCGCCGCCUUGCUCGCCUUUCUCGGCUUCGUCAACGCUCAGUCCUCCUCGACACUCGCGCCCAGCCCCACAGAGUCCGAUGCGAACCCCAUGGUGAUCACUGGCAAGGAACGCCCUCGAGAGUGUCCCUCCGACGCUAACUUCACGCCCAGGCACUGCGAUGGUCCUGCCGUAACGGAUUCUGCCAUCUCUGCCACUGCGACCGCCACCGACGAUGACGACCAUGACCACGAAGAAGAACACACGGACGACGUUGGUAGCGGCUCGCUCGAGCCCAGCCCCACGGAAUCCAUUGGCUGGUAA